AUGAUAUAUGAAUUUUUUGUUGAAGAGCCUGUGUUGCAGCAGGAAGAAGAAGAAGAAGAUGAUGAUGAGGAACAUUCAAACGAGGAAGAAGAUGAACCACAAACUUUUGAAGUUCAAUUUAAAUUCAGUGAUUAUGAAACAAGACUUUGCAAUCCGAAAGUGGUGCGCGCCUGUACGAUGUUGUUACAAAAGGCGACAGAUGGCAGUUUACCCUCGAGAGCAGUGGUGGCGGCGUGUAGCUUACUACAUCGCAUCGCCUGGUCUUGUAAAUGUCCAGGAAUGCUAUUUCAAGCUUCAUUGUUUCGAGUUUUUCAAGCUGCUUUAAAUGCACCGACUGGAACUGUGCAUGAGGAGUUACGAAAAUUGGCUAUUUAUAUUGUGCGUCAGUUUACGCGAGUUGCUGCGACUAACAAUAAAGUUUUUGCAGAACUUUUAUUCUGGAAAUCAGUGAAAGAUUCUUAUGCUCUAGAAAACAAUUAUGAACAUGACCCUCAGGCUAAAGGGAAAAACUGCAGCUUGGUCGGGAAGAAGAAAUGGAGUGAGAAGGCUUUCGAAGAAAAUCAAACAAAUCCUACAAAUGACCAAGGUAAGCGUUUUAAAGUUAAAAGACGAAAAAAGAAACCUCCGCCUCCAGAUGACAAACCAGACUUUGCCUCAGUACCAGGCGUAGUAAUACUUCCCAUAUCAGAUUACACUCAGCGCACAAUGGGCAUCGUAGUCGGGGAUGAUGUUACUAUAGAACAACCUUGGAAACGAAUAAAUCGAAAAGCAGCCUUGGAAAAUAUAGAAAUCUAUCAAACCAAUUCUGAAUUUUACCAAAUAGCCGAUGAAUUGAAUGAAAUGGAAGCAGAGGACUUUUUAAUGGGUUAUACGCUGGAUGACUCAAAAUCACCACUUGAAUUUUAUGUCACAUCGACUGCUGAAGCAACGCAGGCCGUUCAAGAUCUGAUAGAUCGCAUGUUGGCAUAUCGUGCCAAAAAACUUGCAAAUGCUCUUAAUAAGACAAUUAUGCAAUGGAUAUCUUGCGGCAGUGAAAUUGAAGUAAACGAUGCAAUCGCUCGCAACACAAGAGCUCUUUUGGAAGUAGAGAUUGAAUCUGUGUUUCCGAUGGAAUUGGAGACAACAUCGUUUGAUGACAGAAAACCGCAAGAUUGUAGAGAUGGCUAUAUGAAACUGGAACCGCCAGGGCCAACGAUGAAUAAUAUACAAAGAAAGCGCGUGGACAAUUUUGCUCAAUGUGGAAAUACAAAAAGACACCAGAGUGCGCAGACCUAUUGUCCUUAUCCAAAGAACAAGUGCUUACAAUACGAAUACGACUGCACCGAGGAUAUGAAAUUGGCCCAGGAAAAUGCAGGCGAACGGCUGGCCACAUUUCUUCAACAAUUUGAACCAAUUAUGAUAAACAAUAUACGUUAUAAUGAAGUCAUUAAUAUAUACUUCAAUGAUUAUCCGGAGCUACGAGAAAAGGCUGUUAAGCAAGAUAAAAUAAUUACAGGGGACAGUAUGGUAUUGCAAGAAUAUCAAUGCUUUACAGAUAUCAGAAUAUGCAAAAAUAAAUUGGUUUCCUGUUCAGCCUGGCAUCCUUUAUGGACAGGAAUAGUGGCAGUAGCUUAUGUAAACGAAGUAAGUGAAGAUUUGUGAUCGAUUGCUUUUGAAGGCGACGCUGUGAAUAGAGCCGUACACGAACUCAACCCUGUGCUCGUAUGGAGUUUCGAUGAGGGAUUGAAACACAAAUUGUGGUUGGAAAAUUAUAGAGAAGUUACAGCACUAUCAUUUUGUCCCUUUGAUGAGAAUAUCAUAGUUGGUGGAUGUUCCAGUGGGCAGAUCAUGAUAUGGGACUUAAAUCAUAGGUUCCAGAAGGUGGAGGAAGAUGAGGUGUUGACCGUUGCUCAGGCUAAAUAUCGUGUACUAAUGUUUAGUUUCAUGGAAUGGAUGAAAAAUGUAAAAAAUGACGCUUCAGUGAGAGCUGCUGCAGGAUCAGCUUUAGAACAUUCACACCAUUCUUUGGUACACACAAUUCAUUGGCUAUCACCACAUUUCGAAUGUUCAAAAACUGGACAGAUUCAUUUGAUACCACCAGAAGACGGUAGGACUUCUAAACAAUUCAUAACUGCUGCUGAUGAUGGUUCUAUACUGGUAUGGGAUUUAACAGUAAAACUAACAAGAAGUCAGGUUGCUUCCCAAAAACCCAGCAGGCUGCCAGAAAGACCAGCAGGUUUAACAUCGGACGUAUCGCCUUACAAAGCCCUCGACCGAGUUUGGAAGCCAUAUUACCGAAUAUUGGUUAAAAAACCUAACCAUGAGCGUUUAAAGCUGGCAGUGACAGCGGUAAGUUUGGAAAAGGCGCCGGUAAAAUAUGAACAAGUUUCUCUGACACCUGCUGUCUACAAGAUAAGCAACAGGAUAAAAUAUCGACCAAUCACAGAAGUUCCACAAAUGGUUGAACAGGAAUUUGUUGCAGGAACAUGUGAAGGUGAUUUUCUAACCGGCUCGUGGGAGGGUUUUGAAUAUAAUCAAGGACAGCUGAUUAAUACGGAACCUUUUACCUUGCAUUCCAGGGGAUACAUCCAUGACGGUCCUGUUACAUUUUUGGACCGUCAUCCAUUCAUAGAAAAACUUCACAUGACUGUAGGCGGGAAGAUAUUCGCCAUUUGGGACGAAAAAUAUUUGAAUCGACCAUUAAUGUGGCGCAAAUUGGAAGUGAAGUUGACUUGUUGCCUUUGGUCUCGUUAUCAAUCAAAUAUUUUUUACCUGACAAGAGACGAUGGGACAGUUGAAAUUUGGGACUUUUUAUAUAGAAGUAAUUGUGCAGCUACUUCACAAAGCUUGAGUGGUAAAAUUCUGUCAAAUAUUGGCGUUCAUACUUUGCCUCUGGAACGAAAUAUCAUUGGCAUUGGAGAUUAUAAUGGAUCUUUCAGGUGUUUUUAUGUUCCGCCAGCUUUCCAAAAAACAGAUGAAGCCGAUCAGGCCCGUAUGCGCGAAUUUUUCACACACGAGAAAGCGCGCAAAUUAGUAUUACAUGCUUGGCAAGAUCAAUGGUGUAAGAGCAAUGUAGAACUAAGGGAACGCAAACGGGCCCAAGAAAUCGAAGAACAGAAGCAAAGGGAGAGACAACAGGCCGAAGAACGCAGGAAGCAGGAGGAAAAGUUGCGAGCACUUGAAGAGGAGAGGAGGAAAAUGGCAGCAAAAGAAAAAGAUAGGCCAGCAGGCGCAUAUGAGGAACGCGCAGAAAAAGCCUGGAAAGAAGGCAUGAGAACUCAUAUGCGAAAAGUGCUUUUACAAACAAAAAUGCUUAAGUUAGAAGACUUAGAAGAACAACAAAGACCACUGAAAUUGAUAGCACAACAACAGAAACGGAAAAUGCAAAAACAGAAGGCGCGAUUUGCACAAGCUGAUACGAUCUAUGAGGAGCAACUCGCAAUUUUGUUCCCCGACGAAAAACGUGAAGAGAUGGCAAAGAAAUCAUCGCAUGUGCCGAGUGAACAACAUAGUGUACCGUCUGAGGGUAAAGAUUUGCUCCUUGCAGACGAAGGAGCUUCGGGUGAUGCUCAAGCUAUUGACAGCAAACAUCUUGAAGACUAUGCUGUGUGCGAGGAAAAUUUAAAAGAUUACGUCGAAAAUAGACCGUAUAUAUACGAGGGUAAAGAACGUCGUCUGUUGAGCGAUCAAGCGCUGUACAAACGUCAGAUAGCACGUCAACAGCGCUACGAAAAUCGAGUGAAAAUGCGAUCCGAGCUUCCUCAGAGUUCUUCCAGCACCGAAUUCGACGAACACAAAAUAAGAGAAAUGAUGGGUUUGCCAAUUUAUCCCGAGCCAGAAGAGUAUGAAGACGAAGACGAAGAUUCUGUAGGAACUCUUUCGACUUCAACAGAUGAUUUGAUAGUUGACCAACCAGUAGUGGUGGAACAAGAAAAACCAGCCAAGAAAGGCAAAAAGGGCGCGAAGAAGGAAGCCGAUGACAAAAAAGGCAAAAAAGGAAAGGGAAAAAAGAAAUAG